AUGCCUCGAGGACGACCACGAAAGAUACCACUGGCACCCCCGGCAAAACCAAAAGGCCCAACAGAACCGAAUCUCCAGCGCUUCGACCCUUGGAACUCAUCAUCGACAGGCCACCAGCGUGCCGAAACGCGCGGUCCGCAAGGAUGGAGGGUGUCACGGUUCAAAAAGAUGAACUACCAGUUCAAGGGGGGGAACGGCGGAGGUGAUGAGUUUAUGAGUGACACAGUGGGCUGCGGGUCGAACGAGUAUGAUGAGAAGCUGGGGUUAUACAUACCAAAGGAGGUGAGGGAACUGGCGACAGGGGAAAGGAAGAGUGUGCUGGAAAUGUUGAGGAAUCCAAAUAAAAAGCGGAAAGCGGAGGAGGAACAUGAAAUGAGGGAGAAGAAGCCGCCAAUACCAGCAAAGCCACCGGCAUCAGUACCACCACAACAACAUGAGGAGGGUGAGGAUGGGCUAACAGCGGAAGAAAGAGAGAUUUUUGCGAGGAUGGAAGCAGAGGAGCAAGAAGCUCAACUGCUACUCUUGAAGCAAAGGCCAAUACCCACCACAGAAGGGAACGAUCACGAAAAUGAAGAGGUUGGAUUAACUCCAGAAGAAAGAGCUGCGAUUGCUCGAUUAGAGCAAGAAGAACGGGAAACCUCACAUACGUCGAGAUUCUUUACACUUCCAGAGCUCGAUGACGAGGAGGAAGUAGUCGAAGAGGACCCAAGACCUACCGGAAAGCCUCGCUUCUUUGCCUCGCCAAAGGCUACUCGCAACAGCAAGUCAUCCUCCACAGCAAUAUACCACCCACCCGCAAACUUAUCACCACCCACCGUCAAACCCCAAUCACGAGACUCCCCUACCAAGUCACCAUCCGCACCAGCCUCCCCUGAAAAGGGUAUCUUCGACAACCUCGUCAUCUACAUCAACGGCUCCACUUACCCAGCCAUCUCAGACCACAUGCUCAAGCACCUCCUUGCCACCAACGGCGCGAGCGUCGCUCUCCACCUAGCAAAGAAACAAGUCACACAUGUCAUCUUGGGGAAAUCCAGCUUUGCCGGCGGUGGACUCGCUGCUCAAAAGCUACAAAAAGAGAUCAAGACCAUCCGAGGCCGAGGCGUCAAAUUCGUCAGCGUUGACUGGGUCAUGGAAAGCAUCAAGGCAGGAAAGCGCCAGCCAGAGGGGAGAUUUGUAGAGAGCACAGUCAAUGAACGACAGGGCGGGUCUUGGGGUGGGCUCUUUGCAAAGACAGCAGCAGCACAAACAAGUACACAGUAA